CCGGGGCGGGGCCUCGGCCGCUAGUCCCGCCCCUUCCGGUGCGGCUUUGCCCCCGCCCCUCACGGCACUGCUUGGGUCUGUCCCGAGACUUCAGCUCCACUGCGUCGCGCAUGGUGUUUCCCGGGAGAGCCAUGGCCACUUUCCGCUUGGCCCUCAUCCAACUUCAAGUUUCUUCCAUCAAAUCGGAUAAUCUCACUCGAGCUUGUGGCCUUGUCCGGAAGGCAGCUGCACAAGGAGCAAAAAUUGUUUCCCUGCCAGAAUGCUUUAAUUCUCCAUAUGGCACGAACUAUUUUCCUGAAUAUGCAGAGAAAAUUCCCGGUGAAUCCACACAGAAGCUCUCAGAAGUAGCAAAGGAGUGCAGCAUAUAUCUCAUUGGAGGUUCCAUUCCUGAAGAGGAUUCUGGGAAAUUAUAUAACACCUGUGCCGUGUUUGGGCCUGAUGGAGCUUUACUGGUAAAGCACAGAAAGCUCCAUCUGUUUGACAUUGAUGUUCCUGGGAAAAUCACAUUUCAAGAAUCUAAAACAUUGAGUCCUGGUGAUAGUUUCUCCACAUUUGAGACUCCUUACUGCCGAGUGGGCCUAGGCAUCUGCUACGACAUCCGCUUUGCAGAGCUUGCACAAGUCUACGCGCAGAGAGGCUGCCAGCUGUUGGUCUAUCCUGGAGCUUUUAAUUUGACCACUGGACCAGCUCACUGGGAGUUGCUUCAGCGAGGCCGGGCUGUUGAUAACCAGGUGUAUGUGGCCACGGCAUCUCCGGCCCGAGAUGACAAAGCCUCCUAUGUGGCCUGGGGACACAGCACUGUCGUGAAUCCUUGGGGCGAGGUCCUGGCCAAAGCUGGCACUGAAGAGACGAUCGUGUAUUCAGACAUAGACUUGGAGAAGGUGGCCGAAAUACGCCAGCAAAUCCCCAUAUUUAGCCAGAAGCGAUCAGACCUCUAUGCAGUGGAGGCGAAAAAGCCCUAAGCCUUCCUUUCCUGGGAACUUUCUGUUGAGAUGAUGGAACUUCAGCACACUGAUAUUCUCCACACCAUAUUAAAUAGGCAAAAAGGACUCAGGCUGGGCAUUGAAGAGCGGGAGGAGAAGGCGAUGGAUCCAAACCUUAUUCCAUAAUUGCAUUACGUCAAAGAAGUUGGUAAAAGUAUGAGAUUUGGGUAUUCUGGUGGUUGAUUUACCUGAUAUAAAUGUAUUUGUGUCAUAAACCUUUUAUCUCAUUGCUGGAAUUGGAAUCUGUUAUGUAGAAAGUGGGUAUACUGUUUUCAGCAGUACCUUAAAGUUAUAUUUUGGGUUUAUGAGUAGCUGUGGGAAGCAAGGUGAUGGAUGGGUCCUUGGUGUUUGCUAGGGGAGAUGGCAGCCCUGUAGCAGCCUUCAAGAAGGAGCUGAAGAGUCGACCCCAAACUCGCCAGGUCUUAGGGGCAAGACUGUGUCAACAGUGAGGCCUGUGGGAGGAUGGCAGUAGAAGCAUUUGGUCAGGUGCGGGAGGCCAUCCAUUGUCAAUGCUAUCAUGAGAGUGCAUCAAGGAACUCGGAAGGCUGAUGAACCUUGAUUUUUAGCAGGGCUAAAAGCUAUGCACCGAUUGUUCUGUGUUGAGAUAGUGAUGGCUUGAAGCAAUUUCCUGACCUAAUAGCCUCAAAGUAAAUCUUUACUGAUCUUUACUGACCUUUGAGAUUGUCUGCUACCUGUUUGCCAUGCUUAACUGAGGGCAAGAUAUGUAUCUAAAAUUGAAUAAAAGCUGACAGGGCCAGGGUUUCAGGGAGCUUCUCCUCUAGAGAGAGGUUUCCACCUGGCCCCCCAUGCCUUCUAAAUUCAUAUUUCUUGUCUAGUGUUUUCAUUUGUGUGCACCCCUUUUCAGAUUCUGAACCCUAGCCGUGCUGGAUGCGGCAGUCAGGCAGCUUAAGUAUGUCUCUGCAAGAGGUGUCUUUUUUUAAGAUUAUUAAUUGAUUUUGAGAGAGAGAGAAGCAUCGAUCAACUGCCUCCUGCACACCCCCCCAACCGGGGAUCUAUCCUAUAACUCAGGCAUGCGUUUUAAUCAGGACUCCAACCUGCAACCUUUCAGUGCACAGGAUGACGCCCAACCAACUGAGCCACACCAGCCAGGGCAAAAGAGUUUUUCUUGAUAGGAGUGUCUGAAAGUCUCUCUCUUUUUGUUUUUUCUUUCUAGUAAUACUCUUUACCUUGAUAAAGGCAAGUUUUUAGCCUAAUGGUUCUGGGAAUUCUUUGUGGCAAUUAAAAAUGAAGAAUUUCAAUGAACUGUUAUUUAUGUAUGUUAUAGCUAGCAAUGGGCUGGUAAUGUUUAACAACUAGCUGUCCAAGAAAAAGCCCUGAUUUAGUGGUAGCAUUUUCCAAUUUCUGUGGUGUACAUACUUCCACCCUGGCCAAGUUCCCUCUAUCAAUAUGAUACCUCUACACACAGAAUGGGGAAUAGAUGUGCACCAUCUGACGUGUGCACAUCCAUGAAACACCAUUAGUCAAGGUAAUGAAGAUGCCCACUCCACCAUCAAAAGUUUCCUUGUUCUCUUUUAUAGUUCCUCUAGUUAUUCCCAGGCACUGACUGGCUUUGUCACUGUAGAUUAAUCUGAAUUUUUUAGAAUUACAUAAAAAUAAUAUAUGUGCCAUACCAUAUAUGUACUUUUUAAUUUGUCUUUCAUCAUUAUUUGGAGAUUAUCCAUAUGUGUGCAUCAGUAAUUCAUUCCGUUUUUAUUGCUGAGUAGUAGUUUGUUGUAUGGAUAUACCAUCAUUUCUCCACCUGUUAAUAAGCAUUUGAGUUUCCAGUUUUUGGCUAUUACAAAUAAAGCUUCUUGUAUAAGUUGUUCAUUUCUCUUGAGUUAGAUAUUUAGCAUUGGAAUGAAAUGGUGGGAUCAUACGUGUAUUUCACUACCAAAUUGUUUUUCAAAGUGAUUGUGCCAUUAUACAUCACUACCAGCAAUCUGUUAGAAUCCCAAUGUGCUCCACAUCCUCACCAACACUGGUAUGAUUAGUCUUUUUAAUUUCAUCCAUUUUAAUGGGCAUGUAAUGUUUUCUUGUGGUUUUAAUUUGUAGUUCUGUAAUCACUAAUGAUGCUGGGUAUCUUUAUUUAUCUGUAUAUCUUUGGUAAAGUGUUCAUAUCUUUCCUUCAUAUAAGUAUUGGGUUAUUUACCUUUUUAUUAAUUAUUAUGAGUUCUUUAUAUACCCUAGAUAAAAGUCUUUUUUCAGGCAUUAUGUUUUGCAAAUUUAUUCUCCAAGUCUGAGAAAAAGAAAGUCUUCAUUUUCUUAAAACUAUUGCUUAAAGAACAAAGGUAUUUAAUUUUCAUGAAGACUAAUUAAUACUUUUUUUCUUUGAAGUUUAUCUUUUCUAAGUUUUAUGUAAAUGUAUUUAUGUAUUAUGCAAAUCAUCAAAUCCAAGGUCACUAAGACUUUAUCUUAAAUUUAAGUCUACAAUCUAUUUUCAGUUGUUAAUUUUUGUGUGUGGUGUAAGAGUCAAGAUUUUUUAUUUUCUUUUUUUGGCCUAUGGUUGCCUGUUGUUCCAGUACCAUUUGUUGGAAAGAUUAUCCUAUGCCCAUUGAAUAUCCUUGGCUCAUUUAGGAAAAGUGAAUUGACCAUAUACAUCUCAGUCUAUUUCUGGACUCUAUUUUAAUUUCAUCAACCUAUUUGUCUAUCUUUAUACCAGUAACUAACUGUGUUGAUUAUUGUGGCUUUCUAAUAUGUCUUAAAGUCAGGUAAAAUUAGUCCUCUAACUCCCCCCCCCCCCAAAUUGUUUAGACUAUUCUAAGUUCUUUGUAUUUCUAUGUAAAUUUCAGAAUCAGGUUGUAAAUUUUUACGGAAAAGUCUCUAGGGCUUUUUAUUGGGAUUGCAUUGACUCUUGAAUGCAGUUUGGUAGAAAAUUGACAUUUUAACAGUACUGACCCACUGACCCAUGAACAUGAGAUGUCUUCUCAGUUAUUCAGGCCUUCUUUAAUUUCUUUUAGCAGUAUUUGGUAGUUUUACUGUGAAGAAUGAAAAUUUUUUGCCGUAGCUGGUUUGGCUCAGUGGACAAAACAUCGACUUGCAGACUGAUGGGUCCAGGAUUUAAUUCCAGUCAAGGGCACAUAUGGAGAGCGGCUACAGCGUUCAGACAGGAUCAAGCCUCGGACUGACUUGUGGCAAAGCCACAUAUAAGUCCCAGCUUGGAGGUCAAAACCCUGCCAGCACAAGUAUAGCCAAAAGGCUAUGGUUGUAAGCUUGACCUUACAGUCCAACCCUGCAGUCCUAGGUAGCUAAGGGAUGUGGGCUGCGGGAGGUGCAGCAAGUGCUGCCUAAACAAGGCUUGAUAGAGAGCAGAGAAUGGGAACAAUAGGAAAGAAGCAGAUUUGAAAUUCGCAAGAACAUUGUAAACAUCUUGCCCUUGUUUUGCUUUGUGUGAUCUGACUAUAAAAUAAAGCCAUGGUUUGCAGGCUGUGUCACUGUUUCCUCAUCCAGGCACAGUGAUCCACCUGGUCCUAACUGUA